AUGAUUUCGCAACUCAAUUUCACUUCUUCUUCAUUACCUUUUACCCCGCUUUCUUCCUCCAAACCUAAACUUUCCACAACGCACACUUUUCACAAUGUUGCCAAAAACACUAUACAUUUUAAGCCGCUGUACCUUUCGUCCACUCAGAAUUUCAGUUUCAGUUUCGCCACUGCCAAGAGGGGAACAGAGUGUCAUGCAUAUGAAGCAGAUAGGUCAGACUCAGAGCCAUUGGCGGUUAACUUUGAUGUUCCUGUUGAACCGGUAGCUCAGAAGAUGAAAAUUGGUUUGUAUUUUGCUACAUGGUGGGCUUUGAAUGUUGUGUUCAAUAUUUACAACAAGAAGGUUUUGAAUGCGUUUCCUUAUCCAUGGCUUACUUCCACUCUAUCACUUGCUGCUGGUUCUCUCAUUAUGUUGGUUUCAUGGGCUACAAGAGUUGCUGAUGUUCCAAAAGUUGAUUUCGAGUUUUGGAAGGCUUUGUUUCCGGUUGCAGUGGCACAUACAAUUGGUCAUGUUGCAGCUACUGUGAGUAUGUCCAAAGUUGCAGUUUCUUUUACACAUAUAAUUAAAAGUGGAGAACCUGCUUUCAGUGUUUUGGUAUCGAAGUUCUUGCUUGGUGAAUCUUUUCCUUUGCAAGUUUAUCUUUCACUGUUGCCGAUUAUUGGAGGUUGUGCAAUUGCUGCUGUCACUGAACUUAAUUUCAAUAUGAUCGGGUUUAUGGGAGCUAUGAUAUCCAAUGUGGCCUUUGUGUUUAGGAAUAUAUUUUCAAAGAAGGGAAUGAAAGGAAUGUCUGUUAGUGGAAUGAACUACUAUGCUUGCCUCUCUAUAUUAUCUCUAUUGCUUCUCACCCCUUUUGCUAUUGCUGUCGAAGGACCAGCGAUGUGGGCUGCUGGCUGGCAAACAGCAGUGUCUCAGAUUGGUCCCAAUUUUGUUUGGUGGGUAGCUGCACAGAGUGUAUUUUACCACUUGUACAAUCAAGUAUCUUAUAUGUCUCUUGAUCAGAUUUCUCCAUUAACAUUUAGCAUAGGGAACACAAUGAAGAGAAUCUCGGUUAUCGUCUCUUCCAUCCUUAUCUUCCGCACCCCAAUUCAGCCAAACAAUGCCCUUGGAGCUGCCAUUGCAAUCCUUGGCACCUUCCUCUAUUCACAGGCUAAACAGUAA